GUGCCACCCAUCAUCCUUGGACACCCUCCCCUUUAUCGUCGUCCCACCUCGGGGCAUGUUGUCGUUUUCUCAUCUUGAUCCAGAGAAAAAUUAAAGGCUCCUCUGCGUCACGGUCUGUCUGCAUUUUUAAGGAGUUCAAGCCCUCUAUGAGCCUAACAUUCUGAAAUUCCUGAAUCAUGGCAGCGGUGACAGCCACAGGCCUGGAUUUGUCGGCACAAGAAGGUGCGCAGCAGAGGCGACAAACAUCCGCCAACCAGAGCCCCGAGGAUGAUGUAACCACCAAGGCCGAUGGGGCAGCGGCGGCCCCGUCGUCAAACGGCACGACAGAAAACACCAACGGCACCGGCAACGGCAACCCUGAUGAAGACGAGCAGACCAAGGCUCUGCGCAAGGCGUUUACUAGAAAAUAUCGCCAUGUCGCCGCCUUGCACUCCCAAGCACGCCCAUCAACUUUAAGUCACGACUCGGAAGCAUCGCCUAGCUUCGUUGGCUUCCGUAAUCUCAUGGUUAUUGUCCUAGUGGUGGGAAACCUGCGGUUGAUGAUUGAAAACAUACAGAAAUAUGGUGUUUUGAUCUGCAUCCACUGUCACGACUACAGGAAGCAAGACAUCCUCUUGGGUCUUUUGCUCUACCUGGCCAUUCCAUGUCACCUGUUCGUCGCCUAUCUGAUAGAGCUUCUGGCCGCCCAACAGGCCAGGAACUCGCGGGGAUACUUCAACCGUGGCCGCACCAGUGCCUCACGCGACGGGAGCACGAGCCCUACUGAGGAUGAGUCCCGCCGCUUCGUCUCCACUUGGAAGCUGAUUGCCUUGGUCCAUGGCAUCAACGUGAAUUCUGCCCUCCUCAUCACCACCUACACCGUGUACUUCCACAUCCACCAUCCCCUUAUCGGCACUCUGACCGAGAUGCAUGCUGUAAUCGUCUGGCUCAAGACGGCAUCAUAUGCGUUCACCAAUCGCGACCUGCGGCAUGCCUACCUGCAUCCCGUCAAGGGCGAGCUUGAUGCCCUGCCCGAGCUAUACAAGCAGUGUCCCUACCCCAACAACAUUACAAUGAAGAACCUCUGCUACUUUUGGUGGGCUCCCACGCUCAUCUACCAGCCAGUCUACCCACGCAGCGGUCGCAUCCGCUGGGUUUUCUUCUUCAAGCGCGUCGCCGAGGUCUUUUGUCUCAGCGUUUGCAUCUGGUUCUUGAGUGCACAGUACGCCACUCCCGUGUUGGUCAACUCCCUGGACAAGAUUGCCUCGCUUGACAUGCCGGCCAUACUAGAGCGUCUUCUUAAGCUGUCCACAAUCUCGCUGGCCAUUUGGCUAGCCGGCUUCUUCGCUCUCUUCCAGUCCUUCCUCAACGCGCUGGCCGAGAUCACCAGGUUUGGUGACAGAUCCUUCUAUGAUGCUUGGUGGAACUCAGAGUCAUUGGGCGUCUACUGGCGCACAUGGAACAAACCCGUCUACCAAUACUUCAAACGACAUGUCUACUCGCCCAUGCUUGGCCGCGGGUGGGCUCCCCGGACAGCGAGUGCCUCUGUAUUCUUGAUCUCGGCAGUUUUGCAUGAGAUUCUUGUCGGCGUGCCUACCCACAAUAUCAUUGGUGUCGCUUUCAUGGGAAUGUUUCUGCAGGUGCCACUCAUAAUGUUAACGGCUCCGCUUGAGAAGCGAAAGUCACCUACCGGCAAGCUGAUUGGGAACAGCAUCUUCUGGGUGUCUUUCACAAUUUUCGGUCAGCCGCUUGCGGCUCUUAUGUACUUUUACGCGUGGCAGGCCAAGUAUGGCAGCGUCAGUAAGAUGGGCUACACUACUAGCAAGGCAGCGCUCACAAACUAGCCAGGCAGUUGUGGCAUAGAAAACUACUGGAACAAGACCGUACGCCUGUCAUGUUGUUUUCUUGUCAGUCGUCUUAUAUGGAUAAUAUCUUGAAGGUUUUCCUGGUUCAAUGUCUAGGCCUUAUCUCUAUCGCCAUUGGCCUUCGAAAGCCCAGCGUUUUUUUAUCCGAUGUGGUUUCUGGACCGUCAUUAAAAUCUUGGGGUAUAAACAAAAUAGGACAGGCAAACGUAAAAAAAAUACAGCG